AUGCUGCAGAGGCAGCAGCGAGCCCUGCUGCUCCACCUCCUCGACGCUCCACAUGCCACACCCUCCGCACAGCCAAAUGCUCCGAAUGGCUUCACCGCCGCUGCCGCUGCCGCCACCACGAUUCAGUGCGAGCAGCCUCACGACUCUGCCGGCGCGCCGGAGCCGCCAUCAUCCUGCAUCUCGUCGCCACCGUCGCCGCCAACUCUGCCGUGCGAUCUAACAGCGAAAACGCGGCAGAGUCAGCCGAUCCACGUUGCGGUGCUCAUCAUCGGGCUUGUGUCCGUGAAUCUGGCGGAUCUUGGAGAGGAGCACCGCCUCAUCCACCUGGCUGCUGUGCUCGCAUGCCUGGUCUUGCUCGCCCAAGUGACACUUGCUGCACGUGCCAGUACGAGGCUCGGGUGCAUUCUGUUGACAGCGCACGGCGGCGUCCAGCUCGUCUGCAGUUUUGUCUCCUCCAUCUCUGGGCAUGAGAAACUUCUCGCGAAGGGGGCUUCUCUUGGAACGGCAGGAAUUGCGACUGGCUACGGAGCGGUGGGCGUCUGGCUCGGUUCCCACCACCAGGAGGUCCUGUCAAUGCGGGAGAAGGUUGGGACCGCCUCUGUCCUAGGGACGGCCAACGCAGUCCCGCGCGCGCAAGCGGCACUCAAUCAGCUCAUCGGCGUGGAUUUCCCGCCCGGCCCUCACUGCGUGCCGUGGUACGUGAUCAUCAACCUGCAGUGGGAGGUGAGGACAACGGUGCUCAGCCAGCUCAUGAGCUUCCUGUUCGUGCUCGGUCCCUACUGGAUCGCGGCGUGCCUCUUGAUAUCGGGCAUCGCGCCCGAGCCGUCGCACCUGCGGUGCUGCGCCGCGAUGAUUGUCUACGCUGUCGGCGUCGUGCUGAUGGUGGUCGCCGACCUCUACAAGCACGUGACCCUGCGCCACAAGCGCGGCCUCGUCACCGACGGGCCGUUUGCGCUCGUGAGGCAUCCCACUUACGCGGGCGAGAUGAUGGUGUACGGCGGGUUCGCGUUGAUGGUGCCGCACUGGGCGCCGUGGGCUCUGCUGGCCUUCGUCUGGACGCACUUUGCCAAUCGAUAG